AUGGUGCCAGACAAGUACAAGUCGCCGCCCCAGGCGCCGCCCACCUUCACGGGCACCAAGGACUCCAUCGUCGCCGACGCAAAGAAGAUGUGCGACAAGACCCGCGCCCUGCUCGACAAGAUCUCUGCCGACGUCUCGGCCGACAAGGCCAACUUCAAGGACGUCAUGGCCCCCAUUAUCAAGGACGAGAACGAGGCCGCCCUCGAGGGCAGGCUUCUGGGGUUCUACCAAUACGUUGCCGCCGACGCCGAGCUGCGGACCGCCUCCACCGAGGCCGACAAGCUGAUGGACGAGUUUGGUAUCGAGUGUGCCAUGCGUGAGGAUAUCUACAAGCUGGUCGAUGCUACCUUUUCUCGCAAGGACGCGGAGAAGGGCCUGGACCCCGAGGACCUGCGCCUGCUGGAGAAGGACCGCAAAGCCUACCUCAAGUUCGGUCUCGGCCUGCCCGCUGGUCCUCAGCGCGACCGCUUCAAGGAGAUCAAGACCCGCCUCAGCCAGAUCCAGAUCGAAUUCCAAAAGAACCUCAACGAAGAGGAUGGCGGCAUCUGGUUUACGCCCGAGCAGCUCGACGGCGUGCCCUCGGACGUCGUAGACGGACUGGCCAAGGGUGAGGGCGAGAACGACGGCAAGGUCAAGCUGACCUUCAAGUACCCCGACCUGUUCCCGACCCUGAAAUACGCCAAGAACCCCGAGACGCGCGAGAAGAUCUUCGAGGAGCUUCUCGGUCUCGUGUUCGUGGAGCUGAAGGAUGCGGACCGCGAUGCCCUGAGCCCGACAGGCAAGGGCCAAGACAUUGUGUGGCACGAGGAUGUGGUUCUGUUCAGCGUUUGGGAUGACGCGUCCGAGGGUGACGGCUUCGUCGGCUACCUCUACCUUGACCUCCACCCGCGCCCUGGCAAGUAUGGACACGCCGCCAACUUCAACCUGCAGCCGGGUUUCCUGCGUGAGGAUGGAUCGCGUCGCUACCCCGCCACGUCGCUGGUAUGCAACUUCAGCAAGCCCACGCCGAAGAAGCCGUCGCUGCUGAAGCACGACGAGGUCGUCACACUGUUCCACGAGCUGGGCCACGGCAUCCACGACCUUGCGGGCCGCACCAAGCACAGCCGAUUCCACGGCACCAGCGUAGUCAGGGACUUUGUUGAAGCGCCGUCGCAGAUGCUGGAGAACUGGUGCUGGACGCCCAGCGUGCUCACGUCGCUUUCCAGCCAUUACGAGACGGGCGAGAAGAUCCCCGACGACCUUGUCGAGAAGCUCAUGUCGACGAAGCACGUCAACUCGGCCUUGUUCAACCUGCGCCAGCUGCACUUUGGCAUCUUCGACAUGACGAUCCACACGCCCAAGACACACGAGGAAGCGAAGAACCUGAAGCUGUCGGAGCUCUACAACAAUCUGCGCAGCGAGAUUGCGGGCCUCAAGGGCCCCGAGGCCAAGGGCGAGAAGGGCGGCAACGGCCAGGCGACAUUCGGUCACCUCAUUGGCGGUUACGACGCUGGCUACUACGGCUACCUGUACUCCGAGGUGUACUCGACCGACAUGUUCCACUCUGUGUUCAAGGCCGACCCCAUGAACGGCAAGGAGGGCCGUCGCUACCGUCACACGGUUCUGGAGAAGGGCGGCAGCCGGGAUGAGAUGGUGUCUCUGGAGGAGUUCCUCGGUCGCAAGCCCAGUACUGCAGCGUUCUACAAAGAGCUCGGUAUCCCGAUUUAA